UCACCAUUGUUCUCUCAAGUUUCCGCCAUUGUUCAACCGCUGGCGUCAUCCCUCGUCAGCCGUCUUCCCUCCCUCUGCAUUCUCCCUCUCUUCCUAUUUGCACCGUUCCUUCUCCUCUUCCUCCGUCACCGCCGCAAUGUCUGAUCACGCAAAGGAAGAUAAUGCAGAGAGUUCACAACGAGUUGAUGAUCAUCACCUGAUUCUCGGAGCGAAACAAGAGCUCUUUUUUUGUCACGAAUGGAGCCCUGGAAGCUGGUUUUUUCUUCCACAUGGUACUCGAAUCUACAACAAACUCGUAGAUUUCAUUCGAAAUGAAUACAAAGAUAGGGGCUAUCAAGAGGUUAUAUCCCCGAAUAUUUACAAGAAGGAUCUGUGGGAUAGAGCGGGGAAUUAUACUAAGGAGGACAUGUAUGUCCUAGAGGUUGACAAACAAGAGUAUGGAUUGAAACCGAUGAAUUGCGAAGGGCACUGCUUGAUGUUUGAGCACAGGGUUCGGUCGUACAGAGAACUUCCUCUCCGUUUUGCUGAUUUUGGGGUUUUCCAUCGGAAUGUGGCCAGUGAUGCCCUGAGUGGAUUAACACAUGUUAGGAGACUUCAGCAGGACGAUGCACAUAUUUUCUGCAUGGAGUCCCAGAUAAAAGAUGAAGUCAUAAAAAGCUUGAACUUCAUAGAUUAUGUCUAUCAAAUAUUUGGUUUCACAUACGAACUGAAACUUUCAACGAGGCCAGAGGGAUGCCUUCUAGAUUUUGAAACAUAUGAGAAGGCUGAAAAUGCUCUAAGGGAAGCUUUGAUUGAGUUUGGCAAGCCAUGGCAGAUAAAUGGAAGGGGCGGCGCAUCCUAUGGACCAAAGAUAGACAUCAAUGUAUCUGAUGCAUUCAAUAGGAAAUUCCAGUGUGCAACUCUACAGCUGGACUUCAAGCUUCCUGAAAAUUUUAAGUUGGAAUUUUCGGCUGAGGACGAAGGCAAAAUUGAGAGGCCUGUUAUGAUACGCAGAGCUAUUCUAGGAUCUGUCGAACAGAUGUUUGCCAUACUUUUGGAGCACUACAAGGGUAAAUGGCCCUUCUGGCUUAGUCCUCGUCAAGCAAUUGUGUUCCCCGUGUCCGAGAAAUCACAAGCUUAUGCACUGCAGGUACGUAAUCGGAUCCAUCAAGCAGGGUAUCACGUAGAUGCUGAUACAGCUGAUAUGAAUAUUCAGAAGAAGGUACAAGAAGCUCAGUUAGCACAGUACAACUACAUCUUGGUUGUUGGAGAAGAGGAAGCUAAUACCGGACAGGUGAGUGUAUAUGUAAGGGAUAAGGCAGACCAUAGCAUUAUGAGUAUUGAGAACCUGCUAAAACACUUCAGAGACGAAGUUGCGGCUUUCCACUGAUAAUUUGUUUUUGAAAACUAUUAAAGCAAGUUUACACACCAAGAACUUUCUAGUCACACACAUUGUGUGCUUUAUUUGCAUUUCAACUUGAAAAUAUAGUCCAAUUUUUUAGACAUGAUUUGGAAGUUUAAUGUAAUUUUCAUUACUGUCAUGAUUUAUGUAGAGUAUGUUGACGCGAACAAUUUUGGCGACCAAUUUGAUUAUUUAUUCAAUAAUUUUGUAACACGACCAAUGAUAUUAUUUUUUUGGAAAAUGCUAAACAGUGCCCCCGGGCACUGGUUAAGCAUGUUAAAAUGAAAUUUUUGUCUCGAAA